AUGGCGAACCUUUGGUUUCGGUUUCAUUUUUCCUUCUCCAUGUUCUCACUGCUUUGCUAUCUCAUGGUCUGUCCAACUUUAUGUCACACCGAUUUCACCAAAAAUGAUGAAUUGGCACUUCUUGCUCUCAAAAUUUUUGUGAGAGACCCAUUCAACCACUUGGCUAACUGGUCUAACUCUUCCUCCAUUUGCAACUGGGUUGGGGUUACUUGUGAUUCUGAAGGCGAGAGAGUAAGUGUAUUGAAUCUUGCUCACAUGAGUCUCAUGGGCACCUUACCAUCACAAUUGGGGAAUAUGUCCUCCCUUGUUGAACUUGACCUUCAUAAUAACAACUUUCAUGGUGAGUUACCGAAGGAGCUGCUGCAGUUACACAAGUUGAAAAUUCUCAACCUUAGCUAUAAUGAAUUUGAUGGGAAAAUUCCAGCUUGGAUUGGAAGUUUAUUUGCUCUUCAACACCUAAUCUUUCAAGAUAAUAGUUUUCGGGGUGUUAUUCCUCCAAGCAUAUCAAAUUUGUCAAAAUUAGAGACCUUGGAUUGGAAUAAUAAUUUCAUCCAUGGAUCUAUUCCACUUGAGAUUGGAAGGCUUCAAUAUUUAAAGAUUUUUACGUAUAGCAGAGAAUAA